AUGGAGUACACGUGCACUCGCCUGCUGCCUUUUGAUGUCAAUUUUACGCGCAACGUGGCGUGGGGUAUCGUGGAAGAAGGAGGCGGCGCCCAGAAGCAAGCCUCAAACGUUAUCAGACACUCCGAAGACGUGCACACAAUCGACUCUCGCUUCGCUCUGCCAUCGGGGAAAGAUGGCAUGGUGGCAAUUGAUGUGCACUGUGUCGCCAAACGCUUCAUGGUUCCAGAAGGCUGCGUGUUGCUAGCCGAGGCGAACUCUGAGUGGUCGGCCUACCAGGGAACAGCGAAUCUAUGGAGUCGCCAGUCCUGCGAGUCGAUCUGGUGCGUACUUCGUGACGUUUCUCUCGCUUCAAAUGCCUCUUCAGUCCCUGGAUGCCAGAUUAGCGCCAUGGCGCGGAGUGAAGCUGUUCCGAGAUGUUGCCCAAGCAGCUCCCUUGAGAGUUCUGCAGUGUGUGGGGGCAAUGACAUUGCUGCCUCGUUCUCUGAGCUGGUUAGUUCUCAACGCCAGUGUCUGGAAAUCUGCUGUGGGAUUCCGUACGCGGCCAGGAGACACAUAAAUAAAUUUACCACAAAUAAAGAAUAA